ACCAAACAUUUUAAAAACCUAUCCCAUUCUCUCGCCCCCAGGCCUCGACUCCAGCUCGCCCUGAAUCCCUCCAGACCCGCAAUCCUCCCGCUCCAGCUGCUUCGCGACCUUUAGAAUCGGCUUCCGCUCCAAAACCGAUCGAUUAGAUUUUGAAGCAGUUUGAGGGAGAAAAGAAAUACCAGAAAAUGCCUCUGUAUGAUUGUAUGCUGCUGCUGAAGCCCCAUGUGAAGAAAGAAUCUUUGAUGGAUUUGGUUGCCCGUGUGGGUAAGCAUGUUUGUGCUAGAAAUGGUGUCCUUGCGGAAGUAAAAUCAUUUGGAACUGUUCAGUUGGGUUAUGGCAUUAAAAAGCUUGAUGGAAAAUACUAUCAGGCGCAAUUGAUGCAAAUGACAAUGAUGACCCCACCUAGUUUCAACAAAGAGUUACACUAUCUAAACAAGGAAGACAGGUUGCUGCGUUGGCUUUUAGUUAAACACCGCGAUGUCAAAUGUGGAGUGGAGUAUUUAGGUGAAGACGAAGAUCAAGGUGAACUAAGCAGGCUUAGAAGCAGCCACGAAGAUGACAUGGAUGAUGAAGAUGAGGAUGAUCAUGAAGAAUAUGAUCGUGCUUUUGAAGAAAACAAUCCAGAUAAAGCAUGAUGGGAUGAAUCUGAUUGUUCUUGUUAGAUAUUGGUUUUUGAAGAGAAUAAUAAUUCAGACAAAACAUAAAGUUGAAACUGACUCUUCUUGUUUGAUAUCUCAAAUUUCCUAGAUUGAA